CCCUAAAGACUGAAGGUCAAGUCUGUCUUCUCUUCUUCUCCUGAACUGGAAAGCUCGGCCUUCAUCGAUCAUCGUUCCAGAUGCAAAUUCUCCUAACCUGAGGAGGUAAGGGAUGAAGUUACGAGGUAAUGUAACUGUGAGUAGGCUUAGGAAUUUCUUCAGGCAUGCUUGAUCAAUUUAUAUUUGAAAAGGAAGGUUGAUUAGAAUUGAGAAACGUAUAAAGUAGCCAAGAGCAACACUGGCCCCUACUUCCAAAUCCAUUAAGUUGUGUACUACGACUUACACAACUUAUCCAACAUGGUGGAGAUGAAGCAACUAGAAACAUCCCCAAGCAAUAUCACAUGCCAAAACCUCCCUUUUCUGCUCUCCUCUUUCGUGGACACUUUCGUUGACUUUUCUGUGAGCGGUGGGCUCUUCCUGUUACCUCAGGGCCUGAAUCCAGAACCAAAAAGCAAUCCUUAUUUUAAUUCCAAUAGUGUUGACCCCAAAAGCAAUCCUGAUUUUAAUUCCAAUAGUGUUGACCCCAAAGUUUCAACCACAUUGCAAACCAUCUUCCCGGCUCCUACUCGGCUCAUAGCCAUUGGCGAUCUCCAUGGUGACCUUUCAAAGGCCAAGCAAGCUCUCCGCCUUGCAGGCCUUGUUAAUGGUGAGGAUCGCUGGUGUGGUGGCUCCAGCACUGUGGUACAAGUUGGUGACAUCUUGGAUCGUGGUGGUGAUGAACUGAAGAUAAUGUACUUGUUUGAGAAACUGAGAAGAGAAGCAGUCAAGGAUGGGGGAACCAUUAUUACUAUGAAUGGGAAUCACGAAAUUAUGAACAUUGAUGGGGAUUUCCGUUUUGCAACUAAAGAGGGUUUGGAAGAGUUCAAGGAUUGGGCUAUGUGGUACUGUGUCGGGAAUGACAUGAAGAAGUUGUGUGAGGGGUUUGGUGGCCCCACAGAGGACCCUUUUGACGGAAUCCCUCAUGAGUUUUCUCAUGUUAAGCCGGAGCUUCUGCGUGGUAUUAGAGCACGUAUAGCUGCAUUAAGGCCAGAGGGACCAAUUGCGGAGAGGUUUUUGUCAAGAAACCAGACAAUUGUAGUGGUAGGCGAUUCUGUUUUUGCACAUGGAGGGCUUUUGCCUAAUCAUGUAGAGUAUGGGUUGGAGAAGGUGAAUGAGCAUGUGAGGGAUUGGAUUCUUGGGGUGAGGGACAAUGUUGCUAGGGAGUUAGUUAAGGGCAAGGAUUCCAUUGUUUGGACAAGGAAGUACUCCCAUAAGGUGGGGAAACAUUGUGAUUGUUCAACUCUUGAAUAUGUUCUGAACACAAUUCCUGGGGCGAAGAGGAUGAUUAUGGGGCAUACUAUUCAGCAAGGUGGCAUUAAUGGAGCUUGUAGUAACAGAGCGAUCAGGAUAGAUGUGGGUAUGUCAAAGGGAUGCGGCAAUGGAUUGGCUGAGGUAUUGCAGAUUAAUGAAAAUUCUCAGAUCACGAUCUUGACGUCAAAUCCUUUGUAUCAGAGAAAGAAUGAGACUUUGGGUGCUAAUCUACAAGAUGAACUUGGAUCCGUAAUCCCUAAACAAGGGCAGAAGCAAGUUGAGGUGCAUGCUUAAUUCUUGAUUUCAAGAAACUCUAAGCAAAUGCAUUUGUUCGAACUUGGAAACCAAAUAUUGAUAUUUACUAAAUUUAUUUGUAGAUCACCUGUGAUUGUACAGUUGUUAAAAAUCUUAUUCACAGUUUAUUAGCAUCAAGCUAAGUUUAUUCACGAAAUCAUAAUUAUCCACCGUUACUGUCUGAA